UAGUGGGUCCUUGAUUUAGUCUGAGACGAUACGUUGUAGUGCAGCCAGGCGGUAGUUUCUUAGCUAAAGUCAGUUUUAAACAUAGUUAAUAAGUUAUUGCAGGCACCAGGGUUAGGCAGUAAAUAUAAGAAGAAUGGCGGAACCACUGAAGCAGACCUUCUUUGAAAACAAGCCUUUGGAAAAGACCAAGAAUGAUCCAAAGCGCAUGUCAGUGGAGAGGAUCUACCAGAAGAAGACGCAGUUGGAGCACAUUUUGCUCCGACCGGACUCCUACAUUGGCUCUGUAGAGCCCGUCACCCAACAAAUGUGGGUGUAUGAUGAGGACGAUGGACUGAACUGCCGUGAUGUGACGUUUGUGCCCGGGCUUUACAAGAUUUUUGAUGAGAUCCUUGUGAAUGCAGCUGACAAUAAGCAGAGGGACAAGAGCAUGUCCACCAUCAAGAUCAACAUAGAUGUUGAGAACAACACCAUCAGUGUGUGGAAUAAUGGGAAGGGUAUCCCUGUGGUGCAGCACAAAGUGGAGAAGGUCUAUGUGCCUGCUCUCAUCUUUGGACAGCUCCUCACUUCCAGUAACUAUGAUGAUGACGAAAAGAAAGUCACCGGUGGACGCAAUGGAUAUGGUGCUAAGCUUUGCAACAUCUUUAGCACAAAGUUCACUGUGGAGACUUCCUGUAAAGAGUCAAAGAAGACCUUCAAGCAGACUUGGUAUGACAACAUGGGCAGGGCAGGGGAUUCCCACAUCACACCCUUUGACGGAGAGGAACACACUUGCAUCACGUUCAGGCCGGACCUAACCAAGUUUAAAAUGAGCGUCCUGGACAAAGACACCGUGGCUCUGAUGACCAGGAGGGCGUACGACAUUGCUGGAGCCUCCAAGGGUGUCCGUGUGUUCUUCAAUGGCAAGAGGCUGCCACUGACAGGUUUCCGCAGCUACGUGGACAUGUAUGUGAAGGACCGGGUGGACGAGCUCGGCAGUGCCCUCACCGUGGUCCACGAGAUCGUCAACGACCGCUGGGAGGUCUGCCUCACCAUGAGUGAGAAAGGUUUCCAGCAAGUCAGCUUUGUCAACAGCAUUGCCACAACCAAGGGAGGGAGGCACGUUGACUUCGUCGCUGACCAGGUGGUUAGCAAGCUCAUUGAAGUGGUGAAGAAGAAGAACAAAGCUGGGGUGGCCGUCAAGCCUUUCCAGGUGAAGAACCACCUGUGUCUGUUCGUCAACUGCCUGAUUGAGAACCCCACCUUUGACUCUCAGACCAAAGAGAACAUGACACUGCAGCAGAAGAGCUUUGGCUCCGCGUGUCCUCUCAGUGACAAGUUCAUUAAACAGGCCACAUCCUGUGGGAUUGUAGAAAGCAUCAUGAACUGGGUGAAGUUCAAGGCUCAGACUCAGCUGAACAAGAAAUGCUCCAGUGUGAAGCACACCAAAAUCAAAGGGGUGCCUAAACUGGACGAUGCCAACGAUGCAGGCGGCAAGAACUCCAUCGGCUGCACGCUGAUCCUUACUGAGGGAGACUCGGCCAAGACACUCGCUGUGUCUGGGCUGGGAGUGAUCGGCAGGGACCACUAUGGCGUCUUCCCUCUCAGGGGAAAAAUGCUCAACGUCCGGGAGGCCACACUCAAACAGAUCAUGGAGAAUGCUGAAAUCAACAGCAUCAUUAAGAUCCUCGGCCUUCAGUACAAGAAGAACUACAGCGACCCAGAAUCCCUCAAGACUCUGCGUUAUGGCAAGAUCAUGAUCAUGACAGAUCAGGAUCAAGAUGGCUCCCACAUUAAGGGCCUUCUGAUCAACUUCAUCCACCACAACUGGCCGUCCCUGCUGCGCCACAAUUUCCUGGAAGAGUUCAUCACCCCCAUCAUCAAGGCAUCUCAUAAGAAAACCCAGAUGUCUUUCUACAGUAUCCCUGAAUACACUGCAUGGAAGGAAAGCCAGUCCAACCCCAAAUCUUGGAAAAUAAAAUACUACAAAGGUUUGGGAACCAGCACAUCACAGGAAGCCAAGGAGUACUUCUCUGAUAUGCAGAGGCACCGUAUCCCAUUCAAGUACUCUGGACCUGAGGACGAUGAAGCUAUUUCCCUUGCCUUUAGCAAGAAGAAAGUGGACGAGCGUAAAGUGUGGCUGACCAACUUCAUGGUGAACAGGCGUCAGCGCAGGGCUCACAACCUGCCAGAGGAUUACUUGUACAGUCAGUCCACCAAGUCCCUCUCGUACAACGACUUUGUCAACAAGGAGCUGGUACUUUUCUCCAACUCUGACAACGAGCGGUCCCUCCCCUGCCUGGUGGACGGUCUGAAACCAGGCCAGAGGAAGGUGCUGUUCUGUUGCUUCAAGAGGAAUGACAAGCGGGAGGUGAAGGUGGCCCAGUUGGCUGGCUCGGUGGCUGAGAUGUCAGCCUACCACCACGGAGAGAUCUCUCUGAUGAUGACCAUUGUCGGUUUGGCCCAGAACUUUGUGGGAAGCAACAACUUGAACCUGCUGCAGCCUCUGGGUCAGUUCGGAACCAGAUUGCACGGUGGCAAGGACUCUGCCAGCCCUCGAUACAUCUUCACCAUGCUCAGCCCUCUGGCCCGCCUUCUUUUCCCAACUGUGGACGACAACCUGCUCAAGUACAACGUUGAUGACAACCAGCGCGUGGAGCCGGAGUGGUACUUGCCCAUCAUCCCCACGGUGCUGGUGAACGGUGUCGAAGGUAUCGGCACGGGCUGGGCCAGCAAGAUCCCCAACUACGACAUACGAGAGAUCGUCAGCAACAUCCACCGCAUGCUCAACGGCGACGAGCCUCUGCCCAUGCUUCCAAACUACAAAGGCUUCAAAGGCGCACUCGAGCAUGUGGUGGACAACCAGUACAUGAUCAGUGGAGAGGUGGCCAUCAUUGAUUCCACCACCAUUGAGAUCUCUGAGUUGCCCGUCAAAUCCUGGACGCAGAUCUACAAGGAGAACGUGCUGGAGCCGAUGUUAGGUGGCACAGAGAAGGUCCCCCCUCUGAUCACAGACUACAAGGAAUACCACACCGACACCACCGUGCGCUUUGUGGUCAAGAUGACGGAAGAGAAGCUGAGUGAGGCGGAGGCUGCUGGCCUCCACAAAGUCUUCAAACUUCAGAACACCCUCACUUGCAAUUCUAUGGUUCUGUUUGACCAUGCGGGCAGCCUGAAUAAGUACGAGUCCGUGCAGGAUAUUUUCAAGGACUUCUUUGAGUUGAGGAUGAAGUACUACGUGCUGAGAAAGGAUUGGUUGGUCGGCAUGCUGACUGCAGAGAGCGCUAAACUCACAAACCAGGCCCGCUUCAUCCUGGAGAAAAUCGAGGGCAGCCUGGUCAUUGAGAACAAGCCAAAGAAGGAACUGAUCCGCAUGCUGCAGCAGAUGGGCUACGACUCUGACCCAGUGAAGGCUUGGAAACAGGCCCAAGAGAAGAAUGUGGACGCCAUAGAGGAAGAGGCGGAGGAGGAGGAGGAGGAGGAGGACACCAGUGGGCCAGACUACAACUACCUGCUGAGCAUGCCCAUGUGGUACUUGACCAAAGAGAAGAAAGAUGAGCUGUGCAAACAGAGGGACGCUAAGAUGGCAGAGCUCGACACCCUGAAGAAGAAGUCUCCAUCAGACCUGUGGAAGGAAGACCUUGCUGCUUUCUGCGAGGAACUGGAGAGAGUUGAGGAAAAAGAAAAAGAGGCGGAGAAAAUGCCCGUCGCUAAAAAGGGGGCGGGAAAAGGCAGAGCGAUGAAGGUGAAGCAGGAGACUCUGCCCACGCCGCAAGGUCGCCGCGUUGUCCCGCGCAUUACCAGCGCCAUGAAAGCUGAAGCGAACAAGAAGGCUGUGAGGGUCAAAAAAGUCAAGACCGAAAAGGUCGUGGUGAAGAUGGAGUUUGGAGAAGAUGCAGAGAACGAGGAGCCGAGUGAGGAGGUUGGCUUGGCUGCACGACUGAGCAAGAAACCUAGAACCAAGGCGAAGGAGACGGAAGCAUCAAAGAGCAGCAGGCAGAGCACUCUUCAGUUCAAGCCCGUUUCCAAGAAGCCCAAAAACAAUCCGUGGUCGGAUGAGGAGUCCAAUGCCAAUCUGUCCGACAGCAAGAUGGAGUCUGAAGAGGAAGCGGUCGCCCCGAGGGAGAAGGUGGCACGCAAAUCUAAAGCUGCGGUGAAGUACAGUAUGUCCGACAGCGAACAGGAAUUUGAUGACUGGGAGAAGAAGGACGCUCCAAAACGGAGGGCUGUUAUCAGCGAUGAUGACGACAGCUUCAUCCCAGAGCCCGUGGCCGACAGCGACGUGGACUCUCCUGGCCCUCCUCCCAAAGCUCCAGAACCCCCGAAGAAAACGGCAAGGAGCAAAACGACCGUUAAACAAGCUAAAGCCAAGUCGAGCUCUCAGUCGGAUGAUCAGUUGCCUGUUGCACCCAAGGCUCCAGUUCAGCGCAAAACCAAGGAGGCUGCACCCAAGAAAGCUCCUGCUGCCAGGAAACCAGCUGCGUCUAAGAAGGCUGCAGACGUGAAGCAGCCGUCCAUCCUUGAUGCUCUUUCUAAGUCCAAACCUGCGUCCACCAAGGCUGCGAAGACGGUCCCGUCAUUUGACUCCACUGACUCGGAGACUGAAGCCAAAGCUCCCGUUGCAAAGGCCAAACACGUUCUGAAACGAAAGCAAAUCGUCAGUGACGACUCAGACAGCAGCUCAGGCGACCUCAUGUCGCGCCUCAAAGCCAAAACCACGACCAGCAAGAAAACCAAGAAAUGGGACGACGACGACGACAGCUUCCAGGUUUCCGACCAGGAGGCAGCAGCAGCAGCUCCCGUAGCAGCGCGGCCCCCGCGUGCCCGGAAACCUGUCGCCUACAACAUGGACUCUGACUCAGAUGAAGACCUUUAAAUUUGACUCGCCGAGUCAGUUUUAGAUUUAGUGUUCUAGACAUGUUCUUAAUAAGUUACACGUGCGAUUUAAUGUUGCUCGGAUUUUAUCACUUGAAGGAUGGUUGCAUUUACGUUAGUGGCUUAGAUAGACCUGCCGUCCUAAAGAAACAAAAUAACUGAGUCACGGUUUCUCAUCCUGUCAAAGAGCAGAAGUAAAAUAAAUAAAAAAUAAAAAGUAUACACAUCUGGUGCUUGGACUGCAUUAUAUCUAUGUCUAGUUUUAGUCUUGGAGUUCUUGAAAUGUUUUUUUGUGAUUCACUUGUUUGUGUUUUGUUGUGUCCUGUAAAUAUUUCAAUGGCUGUUCAUUUUUAUAUUUAGCAAAAAAUAAAGUUCCCUUGUUUGUUUGUUUGUUUAUCGCUUGUGUUUGGACUUGUUCUUUGCUUCAGGGCUAAUGUCUCGUCAAACCUGUCAUCCGUCUGUACAAGUCAGGUUCUCAGUUUUCAAAUGAUUUGUGAGGGAGGAGC